AUAGAAAAUAAUUUUUCACAACAGUCUUCAUAUAACAUCCAGGUUAAUAAUGGAUACCUGAUAUUUUUUAAGCAAGAUGUCUAUGCUAUUGAUUGUUAGUUUUAGAUAUAAACACAUGUUACAUUGUUUAUUGUGAAAAUAGGUAAAACAGAUUCUUUUGAUCAAGAAAUUAAGAGGAAAUAAAAAAUUCAACUUGAUAUUCCAGAGUUUUAAAUGAUUUGGAUAUUAACAAAUCAACAAAUUGAUCGAAUGACUGUCACGAAAGUAUAAAUAUUUAAUAAUGAUGUUUAAUUAUUAACUGUUGUUGCUGUUUUAAACAAUGUAUUGUAUUGUUAUUGAUUUACAAAGUGCAGUUUUCAUGGUUUUAUGUAAACUUUGCACCGAAUUAUGCAAGAAUGGAUAACUUAAAAGUCAGGACAACAUUACGUAAUGUCAAACCCAUGGAUAUACCACCACAAAUAUUCUAACGAACAAAAUAUGAACAAUCGACGGAGGCGAUCGCCACAUAGAAACAGCGGAGUUCUUAAAUUAUCUGCUACUUCUGAUAAUAUUCCUCCACCACCAAAAGUGAGAGUAGAAUUUUUCACCAAUGAGAAGUCACUAAAGGAGAAGUUACAGCUUUAUUUCAUCAAAAACCAAAGAUCAAGCUUGCGGAUCAGAAUCUUUAAUCUGCUGAUCAAGCUGCUGUCAUGUGUACUUUACUUAGUCCGAGUUGGCUUUGAUACAGUAGAAAUUUGUAAUGACAAUGAAUCAGCUAGUGCUAAUGUCUCUUCACCAUGUCAUCGACUUAUAGACCCUUCUGAAUUCAGACACAAUCCUGUUAUUAACUGGAAUCACAUACUUUUUGUAAACAGAGACGAUGUAUUGUGGGCUGUUCAAGUUAGUGUGGCAUGUAUCAGUUUGGCAGAGACAAUCCUUGUUCAAUAUCUCAGCUAUAAGGGCAAUAUUCUUCAGCAGAUCAUAUCAGUGGAGUUUAUUCUGGAGCUAAUAAACACAGUUCCAUUCUUUGUCACAAUGGUAUCACCAGAACUCAGAAAUCUGUUUAUUCCAGUGUUUUUCAACUGUUGGCUUGCCAAAUCAGCUUUACAGAAUAUGUUUAAUGAUUUACAUAGAGUGAUGAUGAAAGCACACUCAGCUCUUGCUCAACAGCUAAUGAUAUUAUGUGCUACAAUUCUGUGCCUUGUUUUCACUAGUGUGUGUGGUAUUCAGCACCUUCAGAGGGGAGGUAACCAACAGUUUAAUUUGGUAGAUUCCAUUUGGUUUGUGGUUGUGACAUUUUCUACUGUCGGGUACGGAGAUAUCUAUCCAGAUAUAUGGAUCAGUCAAAUGUAUAUGAUUAUAAUGAUAGGUGCUGCUCUUAUAGUUCUCCCUACUCAGAUUGAAAAUUUAGGAUAUACCUGGUUGGAGAGACAAAAGCAGGGUGGAGCUUACAGUAGUCACCGUGCACAGACAGAAAAACAUGUGGUUGUUGUGGCCACAACUUUACAAUCAGACACAAUCAUGGACUUUUUACAUGAAUUUUAUGCUCAUCCUGCUCUUCAGAGCUACUUUGUUGUGUUAUUAUCACCUUGUGAAUUAGAUCCGACAAUGAAGAUGUUACUUCAAGUACCUAUAUGGUCACAAAGAGUUAUAUACAUACAGGGGUCAGCGGUGAAAGAUACUGACCUCAUCAGAUGCAGAGUCCAGGAUGCCUUAGCCUGUUUUAUUCUGGCAGCCAGGAAUUAUGUAGAUAAAGGAGCUGCAGAUCAGCAUACAAUCCUCAGGUCAUGGGCCAUCAAAGAUUUCGCCCCAGACUGUCCACAAUAUGUACAGAUCUUCAGACCAGAAAAUAAAUUCCAUGUUAAAUUUGCAGAACAUGUUGUGUGUGAAGACGAAUUUAAAUAUGCUUUACUUGCCAAUAAUUGUUUGUGUGCAGCCACAUCAACUUUAGUAACAUUACUGAUCCAUACAUCUAGAGGACAAGAAGGUCAGACAUCCUCCGAAGAAUGGCAGCAGUUAUAUGGAGAACGCUCAGGAAAUGAAAUAUACAGCAUUAAAUUAGAGGACAGUACAAAAUUCUUUAGAGAAUAUGAAGGAAAAAGCUUUACAUAUGCUUCAUUCCAUGCUCAUAGAAGGUUUGGUGUUAGCCUUGUAGGAGUACAGCAAGAUCUUCCAGAUGCCACAAUUCAGCUCAAUCCUGGCCCUCGUCAUAUCAUGAAAAAGUCAGAUGUUUGUUUUUAUAUGAACAUAACCAAAGAAGAAAAUACACAGACAUUCCAUGUGAACCGUUCAGUGGAGGAUAUUACAGCUAAAGCAGAUACAAUUAGUCUACCUGGGGGCACCAAGCAGGCGUCAAAAGUGGCAUCAGUUGUUGGACCUUCCAAAGAUAUGAAGAAAAACCAAAGCACAUCCCAAUCAUCUCCUGCUGACCUUGCACGAGUACCCAGUAGACGACUUCACCUUGACCUUCCUAAAGGUUUGACCAGUCGUAACUUACAGAAACGACCAAGUAUAGCCCCUGUUCCUGCCAUGUUAGAAGCCAAUGACAUACGACUUCAACUUUGUAGUUCUGACGUAGAAUCUGAUGAGGAAGAAGAUUUUGUGUUUGCUGAUGAAGAGAAGGAGACUGACCGAUUUCCAGAUUAUAUCAGAGGUUUCCCGCCUGUGACACCUUACAUUGGUACAAGUCCAACACUUUGUCAUCUAAUGGAAGAAAAGAGGGAAUUUUGUUGUUUACGAUUAAACAAAACCUGUGAGCACUGUAGUUAUAGUAAUGCCAAUGAAUAUAACUGGCACAACAGAACGAUUAUCCUUGCAGCUGACAAUGCCAGUAAUGGUAUCUACAACUUUAUAGUACCGCUAAGGUCACAUGCUAGACCCAAAUCUGCAAUCAAUCCUAUUGUUCUUCUUCUUGAAAAAGAUCCUGCUUCCACAUUCCUAGAGACAAUCUGCCAUUUCCCUAUGGUUUACUGGAUGAAAGGUUCCAUAGAAUGCCUUGAAGAUUUGCUAGAAGCUGGUAUAAAUCUGGCUGAUAAUGUGGUAGUUGUCAACAAGGAGACAUCCAACUCAAAAGAGGAUGAAUUCUUAGCAGAUUGUAAUACUAUUGUAGCUGUCCAGACAAUAUUCAGACUUUUCCCAAGUGCCAAUAUAAUAACAGAACUGUCCCAGUCUUCUAAUAUGAGGUUCAUGCAGUUUAGACCAAACGAUCAGUACUCAUUUACUCUUGCCAAACUAGAAAAAAAAGAAAAAUCCAGAGGAUCAAACCUGUCGUAUAUGUUCCGAAUACCAUUUGCGGCAGGGAAUGUGUUCAGUGCCAGUAUGUUAGAUACAAUAUUAUAUCAGGCCUUUGUGAAACCAUAUGUGAUAACAUUCACCAGAUUAUUACUUGGUGUAGAUCAAGCUGUAGGAUCAGGUCAUUUAUCUGUAAUGAAGAUAAAGAAGGAAGAUUUAUGGAUUAGAACAUAUGGAAGAUUGUACCAAAAGUUUUGCUCUACAACUUGUGAAAUACCUAUAGCUAUAUAUAGAACUCAGUUACAGAGUAGUGGGGAGAAAACUCCUAGCUCAACGUUUGCAGGGCGAGACCAGUCUGCACUCAACUUAGCAUUUAGAAACUCAGUUAAAAGAAGAAGACCAGAACCAUCGAAAUCACAACCAGAAGUGUCACUAAGUUUGAUUGGAUUAGACAGUGACGAGGAAGAGAGCCGAUCUCACAUGACCCCGGAAAGGCAUGAGAUUUGUCAGAUGGUGCGAUGUAGAAUGCAAAGUCUUAAACAACCACUAAAUGAUUAUGAUGCAGCAAGUGACAAGAGGAACACCAUAUCAUAUGUGAUUAUAAACCCCAGUUAUGAUCUACGUCUGAAAGAGGAUGAUAUAAUAUACCUCAUUAAACCAAGUUCCCUUUCACCUCAACCUUCCCCAUUAAUUGACGAGAGGAAAAAAAUGCAGUCACAACCACGAGAAGAACCAACAGGGGCAGAUAACUGUGAUAUAGAGGCUACUAGUCCUGUAAUCAGCACUGAUAGUAGAACAGACGGAGAUACGCCAGGAGCAGAUUCAUCUCAUGGAAACUGUAAGCCGAUUCCAGUGGUAUUUGUGGGUGACAGUGAAGACGAAUCAUAUUCACCUACCACCAACUCAGUGCCACAUUUCCAUCUAGGUAAUGCCAAAGAUCAGGCUGUUUACAGAAAACAAAAAGGCUCAGUACCAGAACUCUAUAACAAUCAUGAGGAAUUCAGUUAUAAAAAAACACUGGUCAGUAAAAAAUCAGCUCCUGAACUUAGAACUCCAAACUCUGCAGGGCUUAAAGGCACAGUUGUGUGAAUGGUAUUCAGUAUUGAAUCACAAUCUCCAAUUUUGGAGUGCUGUACUGGACUCGAGAUUGGAAUGGGCUGUGCUCAUGACCCAAGUAUUCACUUUAUCAUGUAUGGCAUGAGAGACUUACCUAGUAUAACAUCAAUAAAUGGAUGCCAAGUAGAAUUCAGAAACUGCUGGAGAGAAACAGCUUUAAGAUUGAAAAUAAGUGCAUUAAAUGUUAAAACUUAGAGCCUUUUUAAGAUGGUUGUGAGAUACUUAAACAAGAACAUCUGAGCUUUCUUGUCUGUGGAUGUCUCUGUACAAGAAUAUCGGAGCUUUUUUGUCUGUGGAUGUCUCUGUACUGUUUAUAGAAUCAUAAAAGGCACCUGAACUAACAAUUCUACUUUGUCUCAAUAAGAGCAGAGUAAGAGGCAUCAAUGAUGUUGCCAAACUAGAACUAUGUGAAUAUUACAGAUAACUCAUUCACUAGGUUACUUGUGUGUAUAUCAUACUUGACUUUAUAUGAAAUAUUGUGAUACUUUUAUAAGCUGCAUUUGAUAUCACAUUUUUUGUGUACAAUGUUUCUCUUUUGUUAUAUUGUACAUAGGACAUUAAGCUAGCAACAAUCAAUCAAUCAUGUUAUAUUAUAAAUCUUUUAUUGGUGUCAUGUUUUUAUAAUGACCUUAAUCGCCAGUUUCUAUGUCAAGGUUAUAUAUAUCUGAGUUGAAGGACAUUCGGAAAAAUGAGAAUGAUGGAAAAAUUUAUAGUUUAUACUGCUUUCUUUCUUUAUUUGAAGAUAUAAUAAUUUCUCGACUUUUUGUUGUUUCUUUGAAUGAACAAACAAAAAAAUGCUAUUAAUGAGGAGUCUUCCAUAAUAAGAAAAGGGCCUUGGUGGCAAAGUGGUCUACUGUAAUCACUAGACAGUCAACACUGACGUUGUGAGUUCGAACCCCACUCAUGCGGGUGCACUUGACUCCAAUCUUAAUUGUCAGUUUUCCUAUCAAAGGUCAGUGCAGUGGCGGAUCCAGAAAUUUUCAUAAGUGGGGGCCCACUGACUGACCUAAGAGGGGGCCCGCUCCAGUCACACUUCAUUGAUUCUCUAUAUAAGCAACCAAUUUUUUUCCGAAAAAAGGGGGGCCCGGGCCCCCUGGGCCCCCCCUUAAUCCGCCUCUGCAGUGCUUUACUCCGGGUACUCUGGCUUCCUCCACCAUUAAACUUACCUCCACGGAAUUGCCUAAAAGUGGCUUUAAAACACAAUCAAUCAAUCUAUUAUAGAAAUAAAAUACAUUUUUUUAAAGUAAUAAUUGGUUGCAAGGCGAAUGGACAGGGGUGGUUGAAGUAAGCAUUUUAGGAGAUUCUUGUAAGGAUGUCAUACAGAAUUUGAAGUAAUAAAAUGAGGAAGAAAGUGGGAGGAUUAAGGACAGGAAUGAGAAUUACUGACCCCUUGUCCAAUCCUCAAUAUUAAAUUGUCAGCUGAUUUACCCAUAAAUAGUGUAAUUGGCCAUCAAACAAAUAUUAAAGAAAGAAAAGGGGACAAGGUAUAAUAAUAUGCUUAUAUUCAUAGCUUUUGCACAUAUCAAUUUUUACUUGUUUUACA